GGUCCUCUUUCUCAAAGAGUAAAGAAAAAAAUAAUAAUGAAAUUGUGUUUCUAUCUACCCUAGACGACCUAGACUCACCCAAACUCUCUCUAUCUCUCUACCAAAACCGAAUCUGUGUGUUUAUUACUAUACUCUUUAGUUUGGUCUGAGGGGAGGUUUGAUUAGGAAGCUAAUGGUCCUCACUACUGCUUCAGCUGCUGCAUAAAAGUCUUGGAGAUUGUGUAGAGACAUAUUCUUUACAAAAAAAAAAAAGAUGCUGUCUUUUUAAAAUUAUAAGGAACUAAUAUUUGUUGAAGCUGUAUUGCAAAGAUAUAUCAAAAUGGAUGAUGGUGGGCAUCGUGACAAUGGUUGGCAUAAAGCAUCCCAGGGCAAGCAGUGGAUGAUGCAGCAGCAGCAGCAGCAGCAGCAUCAGCCAUCGAUGAAACAAGUCAUGUCAAUUAUAGCAGAGCGCGACGCAGCGAUUCAGGAGAGGAAUCUUGCGAUAUCAGAGAAAAAAGCAGCAGUAGCUGAAAGAGACAUGGCGUUUCUCCAGCGAGACACGGCCAUCGCUGAGCGCAACAACGCCAUCAUGGAGAGAGACAGUGCUCUUGCUGCUCUACAAUUCCGUGACAACUCAAUGUCUACUUCACGCCAGCACCAACCUCACAUUCAUCAUCAUCAACAUCAACAUCACAUGGUUCAGUUGACUGAAAAUGCAUACGAGACCAGAGAAAUGGAGCCCAAUGAUGGAUCCGCCUUGGACUCUGCCAAACCAAAACGCGGGAAAAGAGCUAAAGAACCAAAGGCUACAACAACAACGAAAGCCGCUGCUAAUAAGCGAGGGCCAAAAGCUCCAAGGAAGGUUAAGAAAGAGAACGAGGACGACUUGACCAAGAUCAUGUUUGUAAAGACGAACCUUGACUACGGGGGGGAAGAAGACGCAGCAACAGGAUCGAAAUCAGAUUGGAAAAGCCAAGAAACGGUGGGGCUUAACCAGGUUGUUUACGACGAGACAACAAUGCCUCCACCGGUAUGUUCAUGUACAGGAGUUCUCAGACAAUGCUACAAAUGGGGGAACGGAGGUUGGCAGUCAUCUUGCUGCACGACCACGCUAUCAAUGCAUCCGUUACCGGCACUUCCCAACAAAAAACAUGCUAGAGUUGGUGGUCGGAAGAUGAGUGGAAGCGCAUUCAGCAAGCUUCUAAGCCGGCUUGCUGCUGAAGGGCAUCACGAUCUCUCAAACCCGGUCGAUCUUAAGGACCAUUGGGCUAAGCACGGUACAAACCGCUACAUCACGAUCAAAUAACAUUUGUAUAUGUAGGUCUGAGCUCUUCUUAUGGUAACUAUUCUCUGAUUCUAGAUCGUAUGGACUAUAGAUUCAAAUAAACUUCAGAAGGAAAGAAGUGUAUGUGAAGCCAAUGUUAUGUUGUAUCAAUGUAAUAGAGAAAACCUUAGCAGCACAUUAGUAUCUUGUUAUGGUAAUGCCUAAAUGUUCAUCUAUUUGUUUC